UCUGUUAUUACAACACGUGUUGAAAAUGUCAUCUUACGUUAAACACUUUUUGGUUUUAGUUUUAAUUACAAUACAUAACGGUUUGAUUAUAAAUUAGUAUACUAAAACAGUUGUAUAACGAGAUAAGCAAGCGGUAAUUUAUUUUGUUACAGAUUAUUUUAACUGGAGUCAAAGGUUUCGGACAUCCUAUAUAACAAAAUGUAUGUGGACAAAGAUGAUGAAGACAACGACAAUGAUGAACGGAUAUAUGCUGCCUAUUACAAUGAUGGCGACGAUGUUGAACCAAUCACUGCUGUUGACGUGCAGGAUUCGGACAUGGACAGCGAUCAGGUGGACCGACUGUACAGUCAGAUUUAUCAUGAGAUGUGUGACGAAACGGACAUCCCAGUUUCGGCUUCAGGUCACAGUCUGCUAAUAAAGCACUGUGAAAGCUCCAGUUUUCCCACCAACAAAGGCAUCCAGUCUACAGCAUACACCAAUCAACAUGAUCAUGAUUGUUUUACACAGUUUACAAAGGUUAAACCUGGUUGUAAUACUGACCAUGUGCGUUUUCUGAAUACUUCUACCCCUAAAUCGAAUUUAAUCUUGAAGGGUAUGUGUAUCGAUCGAGCAAAAGACAGAAAUGAUGAUCUGAAUGUUGUUAAUAAAAAUGGAAACUCUGGAAUAUCCACAUUACGGCCAGAUUUGAAAACCAUGCUCCUAGACCGAAGUGUUGACAUGCCAGAUUCUGAUACUGAUCACAUUGAAUGUAUUUACAACCGUAACACUAUAAACAGUUCAAUGAAAUGUGCCACAGUAAAAGUGAAACAGUUGAAGUCUGUUGACAAAUCAGAAAGUGGAAACGGAAAUUAUUUUGAUAAAUUUGACAGGGUAAAAGUGAAAAAAUUGGAUUCUGACGAAUCUGAGACCUGUUCCAAUAAAUGUGAAAAAUUGGAAGUCAGAGUCAAAGAAUCGGACAAGUUUAACAUCUCGGAACUUGGUGCUUCUGCAUCUAAACGAGAAAACGACUGCAUAGUUGUGUCAAGUGACUCGUCAUUGUGCGAAAACAAGAAAACGAAGAAGAACGUGAAACUGAAGACCAGCAUCUCAAAUGUGAAAAAGCCGACGCCUGUGAGCAAUGUCAUUGUCCUUGAUGAGAGCUCUAACAGUUCCGAUUCUGAGUCUUCCAGUGAUGACACGAGGGACAACGAUGUGUCACGGGUCACAGUCAGCAGUGACUCAUCAUCCAGGACCUUGCUUACAAGUUCGGAACUCAGUGACUCGACGUCGAGCGACAGUUUCAGUGAAAGCCUCGAAGACUUGAGGGGCAACAUCCACAUCAACGUGAACAGAAGUCAGCAGCAUUUUGUAGACAGUACCAUGGAUGGUGAUUCGAAAGGUGAUCUCGGUAAAAAGGAAGAAUCAAUCCUGUGGAGCAUCUGUGACCGAGAUCGGUUCGGAGGGAAGAUUUUGAAUGGACGAUAUUACCGGCCAUCGACAGUGAAAUGUCACAACUGCAACGAGGUCGGCCACUUGUCUAAACACUGCCCAACACCAAAGAAGAUGGUGGCCUGCAUCCUAUGUGGUUUAGGAGGUCACUACUUCAGACACUGCCCCAAUGCGCUGUGUUACAACUGCGAUGCCCCCGGCCAUGAUGCCAGAGACUGUUCACAACGCCGUCGACAGUGGCACAACCAGUGUACGAGAUGUGGCAUGCAAGGUCAUCACUCACUAACCUGUCCAGAUAUAUGGAGACAAUAUCACCUUACGACAACCGGUGACUUGAAAGUACCAGCUAAACAGGAAAAACCAAAUCCUCGUGUCUACUGCUACAACUGUGCUCGUGCAAAACAUUUUGGACAUGAAUGUCACAAUGUGAGACAUAAUCAACAUUCAUUACCAACAUAUCCAUUUGUAGCUUACUAUGGUGAAUUCAAAGAAAAUGAGAGUCAAAGAGGUAAUAAAGGAUUUGGAAAACAGAAAGGAACUGCAAUGGAAAAAAAAGCCACAUUCAAGUCAUCUGAUGCUGUGGAUUUCCCCCGUUCAACAACAAAGCCUAUAUUAUCAAGACAAAUUUUCAAGAAAAAAAGAAAACUUGAAGUAGAGGGUCCGGAAAAUCACAUUGCUGAAAAAAGAUAUAAAAUCAAUCACAAGCAGCUGCAAGAAGAGAAUUUGGAGAAUGUGUUGAAAAAUAGUAAGAAAAAGAAAAGAAAAAAUAAGAACUUUAAAGUGAAUACAAAUGAGGGCAUUAUAAAGAACAGUAAGAACAAAAGAAAACCGAAGAUAGGUGGUGCCCCAGGUGAAGUGGAGGAAGAUACAACACAGAAUGUGAAACAUCAAGUGAAUGAUAACGAGUGGUGGACAGAAAAAUACAAAGUUCGUCAGGAGAAGAGGAGGAAGAAAAGAGAAAGGAGGAAAGUAAGAAACCUUGAAAAUCCAGAGCUGAAAAAGAAGAAAAAUUAUAAGUGGAAAGCCAGUGCAACUAACCCUCGACCCUCAAAAACAGUAAACCAGGAAUAUACAGCAUCAGAUAGAAAAAAGUCAUCUUUUAAGUUUAAUUUUAAGAACUAUGCAACAAAACCAAAACGGACAAAAAAGGGGUUUUUCAUUUCCAAAGUGGCACAAAAUAUUAUGGACAGAUGAUGAUGCGAUAUUAUUAGGACAUGUCUGUUCUUUGAUGAUUAAUAAUGUGAUACAUUUAUACAGGGACAUAUUUUCUAUCAUUUGUUAACAAAGCUAAACCAACUUCAGAUUGAUAUAUAAUUUGUAUUAUAUUCAUAAUACAUUAAUGUUUUGAAUAUUGAUUGAUGAAAUGAAAGUAAUUGAUCCAAAGUGGAUACGUGUGUAUUCUGGAACGUUUAUGACCACAUUUCAAUCCAUGCAUAUAUUUUUUAAAGUUACUGUUACAGUAGUAAAAUGACAAAGCAACAUUGUGCUUAAGAUAUAUUAUCUCCUUUGAAAAUAUCUUAUAACUAUUGUGUUAUUUAUUUUUCCUAAUUAUGUCUAAUAAUAAUAUUUAUGAAAUUA